AUGGCGCUAUCAGCAGCGUUCAACCUCGCGAAUCUGGCCUGGGCCAACAGUUCUUCCUACAACGCCUCAGGUCUCGCAAAUGCACAGAUUCUUAACGACCCUUUCCCGUAUUACUUUCCGAAAGUCAAUGCGACCUCAGCCCAGUUGUUUCCUAUGCCAUUGUGCCAUGGCGCAAAGAUCGAAGAGGCCACCAUCGACGAUCUGCAGGCUUUCAUGCACACUGGGACCUUGACGAGCGUGCAAUUGGUGACCUGCUAUAUCCAGCGCGAAUUUCAGACUGGCCAAUACAUUCAUUCCAUAUUGGAGCUCAAUCCAGAUGUUCUCGAUAUCGCCGCUGCUCUGGACAAGGAACGACAUUCCGGCCAUGUCAGAUCGCCAUUACAUGGCAUCCCGUUCCUGGUCAAGGACAACAUUGCUUCCAAGGACAAGAUGCAGACCACCAGUGGAUCAUGGUCGUUGCAAGGCUCGAUUGUGCCGCGCGAUGCUUUCGUCGUGAACAAGCUUCGCCAAGCCGGUGCCGUGCUGAUGGGCAAAGCGACACUGAGCGAGUGGGCAGACAUGCGAUCCAACAACUAUUCAGAAGGCUACAGCGGUCGCGGAGGUCAGGCCUACAGCUCAUACAACUUUACUGUAAAUCCUGGUGGCAGCAGCUCCGGAAGUGCUAUCUCAGUAUCCAACAAUGUCGUACCGUUUGCGCUCGGGACCGAGACCGACGGUAGUGUUAUCAACCCAGCAGAGCGCAAUGCAAUCGUCGGCUUCAAGCCUACUGUGGGUCUGACCUCCCGCGCCGGUGUCAUUCCGGAAAGUGAGCACCAAGAUACGGUUGGAUGCUUCGGCAAGACCGUACGCGAUGCUGUAUAUGCUCUCGAUGCCAUAUAUGGUGUUGACCAGCGUGAUAACUACACUCUUGCACAAAGCGGAAAGACACCGAAGAACGGCUAUGCCAACUCAUUGUCGACUAAACAGGCGCUGGAGGGAGCACGUUUCGGGAUCCCAUGGUCCUCUUUCUGGACCCAGGCGGAUCCUGAGCAGAUUUCUGUCUUACUCGACAUCGUGCAGGCGAUGAAAGAUGCGGGUGCGACUAUUGUAAACGGUACUGAGCUCAAAUAUCAAUACGUGAUCAGCCCCAACGGAUGGAACUGGGACUACGGCACCACUCGAGGGUUCCCAAACGAAUCUGAGUACACCUAUGUCAAAGUCGAUUUUUACAACAACAUCAAGACUUACCUAUCUGAGGUCACAAAUACCAACAUGCACUCACUCGAAGACAUUGUACAGUACAACAUCGACAAUGUCGGAACUGAAGGCGGCACUCCCGGCAUCGCUCCUGCUUUCGGAUCUGGCCAAGACGGUUUCCUCGCAUCAUUGGCUACAGGAGGUAUCAUGAACGAGACCUACUACCAAGCCCUGGAUUUCUGUCAUCGCACCACACGUGAAGAUGGCAUCGACUACGCGCUCGCCAACAAUGGAUCCGCAGUUGAUCUUCUGCUUGCACCUCCGGAUGUUGGCCCAAGCUACCAAAUCGCAGCACAAGCUGGCUACCCUGUCGUUACGAUCCCGGCGUAUGUGCACUCGCUCAGUGGCAUGCCCUACGGCUUCUCAUUCAUGGGCACUGCUUUUAGCGAAGCCAAGCUCGUCAAAUACGCCAGCGCGGUGGAAGAUUUAUUGAAGUCGACGAACUCCAAAUAUCAACGCAAGAAUACGCCGCCAACAUGGCAAGGAUAUCUUGAACGUGUUGUGCCUACUGCGCCCCAGUGUUUCGGCUGCUAG